AUGGCCAACAACAGGGCCACGAAAUCUGGAUUUGCCGCCGAAGCUCAGAGAAAGAUCAACAGCAAAUACAGUGAAGAACUGGCAGAGGAAUGUUUGGAAUGGAUCCGACUAAUCACCGGCGAGCCAGAUAACACAUCUGGUGAUAUGGACAACUUCUAUGAAGUCCUUAAAGACGGAACUGUUCUGUGCAAACUCGCCAACCAAUUAAAACCUGGUAUCGUGAAGAAAAUCAACGAGUCGAAAAUGGCGUUCAAAUGCAUGGAAAAUAUAAACGCGUUUUUGGAAGCGGCAAAGCAGUUCGGAGUGCCCGCACAAGAAACAUUCCAGACUGUGGACUUAUGGGAGAGACAGAACUUAAAUUCUGUUGUUAUAUGCCUUCAGUCGUUGGGUAGAAAGGCGGGUAACUACGGCAAACCAUCAAUAGGCCCGAAAGAAGCCGAGAAGAACGUACGGAACUUCACUGAGGAACAGCUUAGAGCGGGUCAAGGAGUCAUCUCCCUUCAAUACGGCUCUAAUAAAGGUGCCAAUCAAAGCGGUAUCAAUUUCGGCAACACGAGACACAUG